AUGGGCUCAGGUGCCCUGACGGCAGAUCUGCAACAGCGAGCCCAGAGCGGCACGGCUCUGGAGGAGUUGUUGCCCGAAGCCUUUGCGCUGGUGCGCGAGGGAUCCACUCGAGUCUUGGGCCUGCGACACUUUGAUGUGCAGAUGAUGGGAGGUAUUGCUCUCCAUGAGGGCAACAUUGCUGAGAUGGGCACCGGUGAGGGUAAGACCUUGGUGGCGAUCUUGGCUGCCUUCCUCAAUGCGCUCAGCGGAAAGGGCGUCCACGUGGUCACGGUGAACGACUACCUGGCGCGCCGUGAUGCGGAGUGGGUCGGUCAGCCCUUGCGCUUUCUGGGGAUGACGGUGGGGGUGGUGCAGAACGGAAUGCCACCGGACCAGAAGAAGAAGGCCUACCGGUGUGACGUCACCUACGUGACAAACAGUGAGUUGGGUUUCGACUACCUGCGCGACCAAAUGGCGCCAUCUCCCUCUGAGUUGGCACUGCGUGAGCAGUCGCCCUUCAACUUCGCAGUGGUGGAUGAGGUGGACUCCAUCCUUAUUGACGAGGCCCGAACUCCUUUGAUCAUCUCGGGCGUCGCCGAGAAUACACCCACCAAAUACAAGGUGGCACAGGAAGUGGUGCGAGCCUUGAAGAAGGAGGUGCACUACACCGUUGAUGAGAAACAACGGCAGUGCGUCCUCAUCGAGGGUGGUGUGGAAGCCGCUGAGAAACUUCUGGGAAAGGACGACCUUUUUGAUCCGGAGGACCCUUGGUUCCCUUUCAUUACCAACGCAUUGAAUGCGAAAGAGCUCUACAUCAAAGACAAGGCCUACAUCGUGAAACGUGGUGAAGUCAUGAUCGUGGACGAGUUCACCGGUCGCGUCAUGGAGGGACGCCGCUGGAGUAAUGGUCUCCACCAGGCCAUUGAAGCGAAAGAGAAUGUGCAGAUUCAGGCCGAGUCCGUUACCUUGGCUAGCAUAUCCUACCAGAGUCUCUUCCGCCUCUUUGACAAGUUGAGUGGCAUGACAGGCACCGCUUUUACCGAAGCCAAGGAGUUUGAGGAGGUCUACAAGUUGAAAACCGUGGUGGUACCUCCCAACUUGGUCAGGAAGCGCGAAGACAAGGACGAUCAGGUCUAUGUGGAUGACAUUGGCAAAUGGAAGGUGCCAUGCUGCCAUGCUGGGCUGGAGAUUGAGUUGAAAGGGGACCUUCGUAACCUGACCGUCUUUGCUCCGGCCCAAGCUAAGAAGCCGUGCCAGUCGGGUCGGGUCAGCCAUGACAAUCAGCAAGGCCUUCUUUGUGCGCCAGCAAGCGAUGGAGGCUUGCUCUUUGAAGCGUCUUCCAACCCCAGCAGCGUCUGGCAAGUCACACUUGACUCCGUUGCAGAGUAA